UUGCCCCAGUCAGCUGCUUAUACAGGCAUCACAACAAAAAUGGCGUCGGGAAGCAGUUAACCGACCCUUACGUCCUCAGACCCCACUUUAACCAGUGGAUUUUUCGGUUUCACUGAGAAAGAAGGUCAUACUUUAUUUUCCAGAUUUCAGAAUGGAGUCAGAAAUAUUUCCAGUGGAGAUGUCGGAGAGGAAAGUGUGUGUCGUCGGUUCCGAGCUGGUUGAAAACUACACUGUUUACAUCAUUGAUGUGAUGGUUGGAGAGCACAGAUGGACUGUAAAACAUCGCUACAGCGACUUCCAUGACCUUCAUGAGAAGCUAACAUCAGAAAAAAAGGUGGAGCGAAACCUUCUGCCACCAAAAAAGAUGUUGGGAAAGAAUUCAAAGAGUCUGGUGGAGAAACGACAGAAAGAACUGGAGCUUUACCUACAAACAGUGUUGCAGCAGUUUCCUCAGGCCACACCCCCUUCCCUUGCCCACUUUCUUCACUUUCACCUUUACGAAAUCAAUGGCAUCACAGCAGCCCUGGCUCAGGAGUUAUUUAACAAAGGAGAGCAGCUGCUGCAAGCUGGUGAGGUGUUCUGUCUGAAUCCUUUGCAGCUUUACGCCAUCUCUCAGCAGCUACGCUUGGCCAAACCAACCUGCUGUAAUGGAGAUGCCAGGACUGAUUUGGGACACAUUCUGGACUUUACCUGUAGACUGAGAUACUUAAAGAUUUCCGGUGCCAGAGAUCAUGUAGGAACCAGUAACAUCCAGGAGAGGAGUCUUCCCUUUGACUUGUCUGUUUUCAAAUCACUUCUGCAAAUAGAAAUUAGUGACUGUAGCUUUCAGCAGAUUCAGGGUUUGUCUUCUCUGAGGUCCAGUCUGGCGACUAUGAGCACCCACCGGUCCACAGAUUCUAUGAUGUCAAUCUUGGUUCCAGAGGCCAGUGAGUUCUCACAGUGGGAGCCUGAGGGUGUAGAUCCUGGCUGUCCUGUCACAGCAAUUAUCCCCAUGUGGAAAAACUUGACUACAUUAGACAUGAGUCACAACUGUAUCAGCAGCAUUGACAGCUCAGUGAAACUGAUUCGGGAGGUGGAGUUCCUGGAUCUGAGUUACAACCAGCUGUCCUCUGUGGAAAACCUUCAGCAUCUGUACAACCUGGUCCAUGUGGAUCUGUCCUAUAACAGUUUGCGGGUCAUCGAGGCGGCCCACACCCGUCUGGGCAACAUCAAAACAUUAAACCUGGCAGGAAAUCAACUGGACCAACUAACUGGACUCACUAAGCUUUAUUCCCUGGUCAACCUGGACCUCAGCCACAACCAGCUCUCUCAGCUGGAGGAGAUCAAGAACAUCGGCUCUCUGCCGUGUUUGGAGAAACUCAAUCUGUCCAGUAACCCGAUGUGCAUCAUCCCAGACUACAGAACAAAAGUCUUGGCCCAGUUUGGUGACCGUGCAGCAGAGGUUUGUCUCGACAGUAAAUUGACAACAGAGAAGGAGUUGGACACAGUGGAAGUUCUUAAAGCUAUUCAGAAAGCCAAAGACGUCAAGGACAGGAUGAGCAGCAGCGACAAGAAGAUCAGUGAGGAGACCAAACAGUCUGCUGCUGCACCUCCUUACCUCUCCUCCUCUGUACCCCCUUCUUGCUCUUCUGCUGUCGCUCUUUCUGCUGUCACCUCCCUCACCUCUUCCUUUCUCUCCUCAUCCUGGCCGGCCCGGCAGACUGCCCACCCCAGCCAAGAAGUGAUGAGCACAGAAGAAGCCUCAGUUUCCCCCAGUGAUCUCCUCCCUGAUGCUGCUGCUGAUGCUUCUGCUGAUGCACCUCCCCCUGAAGGCUUUAACAUUGACCCACACCUCCUGUCUGCUGAAACUAUCCAGAGACAACAAACCACAGUCUGUGUCUCUGAACACAAUCUCUGUGGAACUGUAAUAAGUGUUACAACUGCUGCUGCUGCUGCUGCUUCAAUUAUGGCUACUCCUGCCUGUUGUGUCUGUUGGACUUCUACCUCCCGACAAGCUGAAACUAGUUGUUCAGCUUGCAGUGCCACCUGGUGUCCUCUACUUUCUCCUCAACUUCCCUCCUGCUCCUCCUUCAACACAGACUUCAUUGCACACCUUUCACGCUACCUCAGCACUAACCUGAAGAAAGAGAAUUUGAAGAGAACGGAGGAGGCGGAGACGAAUGAUGAGAAGAGGUUUGAAUCCAGGGAAGUGCAGUUUCAUGUCGACAGCACUGAGGUGGACAGUGCCAGUCCAGCCUCCAAGGAUGGAUACUUUGAAAUGGGUCUAGAUGAUUCUGUGGAGGAGUCGGUCUGCACCUCCUCUGCUUCUCAUCUUUCUCCUCCUGCAGAGGAGUCCAGUAGUGACCAAAUCAACCUGUGUGGUGAUGAUGAUGAUGUGGAGGAGUUACACGUUAAAAGAGUGUUGUGGUGCUACUGUCUUCAAGUAGAGGAGGAGGUGAAACAGAAGCAGGCAUGUCUGGUGCUGACUGAUGGACUAGUGGGCCUUUUGGACCUUGUGGACUGGACCACUCAGGAUGCAGACCAGGAGGGACACCUCCAUGUGGAAGAAGUGCUGUCAGGGCUACAGAUAAACUUCCUGCUGCCCUUGUCUCAGUUCCUGUUGACCACUGGGGGUGAUCUACCUGAAUGUUGCCUCUCGUUUGGACUGAUGUCGAGUCCAACCCGCUGGUACAUCUUCUCGGAGGCAGAGAAGCUCCAACAAAUAACGACUGAAAUUAAAGCACUUAUUCAGGAAGGAAAGUCAUCUGCUCAGACUGAACCAAAAACUUCUCCUCAGCCAUUUCCACGAUCACUUAUAAACUCCUGGGAACUGGAGGAAAGUCAGACAGUCCAUGGAGGCUACCCUGUACACCUCCUAUCCUACAACUCCUCCUCCUCCUCUAUUUCAGACUCUGCACUCCUGUUAGACAUUUUACACCAGGAAGAUAAAUCAAGCCUCCCUUCUCUCCUCUUCCUCACCCACCGACAACUGUGGAUUCUUAAGAUAGACUUUAGAGUGCUGGCAGAAAGACAGAGGAGCAACACUGACCUCCAUCACGCUCCCUCCUCCUGGUGCAAACUCAUCCGUGUCCCCCUCAGCUCUGUUUGUCUUCAUCCUAUAGAGAAAGGUUUUCAGGAUGUGGAUGGAACAAGUUCCAUCUGUCCAGACCCAAAACACCAGUACAGGAGGAGUCACUCCUUGGACCUGCUGUUGGGAACUCAGAGGCUGCUCCUGCUCUUCCCUCUCUGCAAGGACAGGAAUUCCUUCUUGGAAGAGCUGAGUUGGAGGAGAGGGUCUCUGGAUGGGGUAAAGAUUUUGGCUCUGCCCCAUAGCUGCAGGAUGUGUCCACACCACAGUGAACAUACACAUGAUGUUGAAACAUCCGGAGACCAGUGUUGUUACACCAGUACCAUACAACCACACAACCUAAGCAGAUUUUUUUCAUAUCCUAUUAUCUUCAGCUGGGACCCCUCUGUUCUUCAGUUGGAGGAGAACCAGCCGUCUCCUCAUCUCACGUCAGGUCUCUCUCCAGGGCUGAAGCUUCUAUCAGGUCUCAGUAGACAACAGCUACAGUCCUAUUUCCAAAGAUAUAUAGCCUUGUCUGAGGCCGAGGAGGUGAGACAGGUCCUGUGGCUGUCUGUGGUUCUCUACACAUCUCCAGAGGCUGAGCUCACCUGCUGUCUGCUGCUCUCCACUGACGCAAUCUACUUCCUGUUGGAGGACUCAACUUCCACACUCAGUGAUCACACAGUGAUGGACAUAAGUGAUUCUGGAGACACUGAUGUGUCUCUAUGCUGCUGUCUGUCCAUCAGACUGUCUGAACUGCUGUCAGUCAACGUGGGUCUGUUUGACCAGUACUUCAGAGUUGUAGGUCAUUCGGCAGGUCAGAUUGUGGGCUGCCUGAGCAGAGACAGUUAUGGGACAAGUGUCUUUCUUCAGGAGCUGAUGUCAGUCCUCAGUCUGCAGCAGCAGCAGCUUCCACCUCCAGAGCCAUCAGAUCUGGAUUUCUACUCUCAGUUUACUAUCUCAAAUGCAGGUAAGAUGCAGAACUAUGAGCUAAUCCACAGUAGCAGGGUGAAGUUCAUUUACCCCAGUGAGGAAGAGAUGGGAGACCUGACCUUCAUCGUAGCAGAAAGAAAGACUCUGGCCAGCGCAGCAUCGUCUUCAUCUCGUUCUUUCAACAUCUUGCUGUACCUGCUGGUUUUCCAGGUCCAGAUUCCCAACACGCCGACGAGUCAGGGUUCUGUCCUUUCAGGACCCUCUACCACCUCUGGCACAGCCUUGUCUCCUGUCCUUCAGCCCAGGACCCUGCUUCUGACCAGCACAGAUGUUUUCCUGUUGGAUGAGGACUACAUCAGUUAUCCUCUGCCUGACUUUGCCAAAGAACCUCCCUCCAGAGAGCGCUACCAACUGCGUGAGGCUCGGAGAAUCCGGGACCUUGACCGGGUCUUGCUCGGUUACCAGACAUACCCUCAGGCCCUGACCUUGGUGUUUGACGACCUGCCGGGCCCUGACCUGCUCUGCCACCUCACCAUGGACCAUUUUGCUCCAGAGGAAGAGGAACUUCAGUCCAGAUGCGGCGGAGCAAGCAGCGGUGCAGAGGGUGAAGUGCAGUGGUGUGUGUUUGUUCCUGGAGCCGACAGCAGGGAGCGGCUGAUCUCCCUCUUGGCUCGACAGUGGGAGGCACUGUGCAGCCGAGAACUUCCUGUGGAGCUCACCGGCUGAGUGGGAAACAGGAAACAACAUAAACACAGAUAUAGCCUGUCAGGCUGGUAUUAGUGACAAAUGGAUGGAUAGGAUUUAAGGCCUCACUACAGUUUAAAUGAUGUGGUUCAUGCCUUUUUGAAUCCCCAAGGCAAGUUCUAUUAAUGUGUCAAAGUAGAAGGCAGAAGCAUGUUGUUACAGAGGGAUCGGGAUACAGUGACUCACCCAGAAGGAAGGCAGACGGUGAACCAACCUAAAACUGCAGCCAACGUUCAGACACACCUCCACACACAGGGCCAGGUACUGUGUAUCAACAGAGUAAACUUUGGAAACCAAGUGUUAGUAAGUAUGUACGUGAAAUGUUGCAUUGUGUGUUGAUGAGGAUUAGCCAGGUUAAUGUUUUCAUCUAAUAAGACUCCUGAUCUCCUUUUACACAGAUUUUCUAUAAGACCAACAGCUGAGCUUGAAAGGCUCAGUCUAUUUAUUUAUUUACGUUGUUAUAUUCACGUCUUUAUGAGUCAGUCGGUCUGUAGGGAAAUUGGAUUCAUAUUUUGAAAUUCUUGCACAAAUCACACGUAUGUAUAUUUGUUGUAGGUUUGAUCAAACAGGCAGCUGUGUUAUCACAGACAAUAUAUCUGUCAUCUCACCUCAAGCUUAAAUCAAAGUUUCUGGCACUGACAUUUCACACUGACUGCACAUUUCUUUAUAAACCGGGAGACAUGACUGACAGACACACCAACACGAGUUUCACACAAGGUAUUCUAUGGGGGUCCCAAUCAAUUUGAUCUUCAAGAAUCAAGUGUUUCUUGAACUUUUUGCUUCAUGCAUCCUCUACAGAGAGGGAUCAAGGACACACUGGACACAGAAACUGGACUUGUAAAAAUAAGCCUGAUCAAAAGUGGGCAACGAAUGCAUCUAGAACAGCAUCCAGAACUGUCUAGUUGAUCCUUAAGUAUAAAAUCUCAUGGUCUUUUUUUACGUUUCAAUCCAUUAUUUAAAAGGAGGAUUUGCGUAAAAGGCUAACAUUUUCGCAUAAGCAAAACUGUUCGGCACAAUCUGCUUUCUGCACAUUGUUUUUUGUUUUUUGUUUUUUUUUGCACAUUGUUAUAAAAGUAUUACAGAAAAGUGCUCCUAAGCUUUUUAAUAUAACUUUGUGAAUAUCAUUUUGUUUCGAGAUUGUUUACUUUUUCCUACUUAAACAUGAAGAUCUUGAUAUUUCCUGUCUGAUAUGUGAUCUUAAACCAUUUUUUAAUGAAAAAAAAGGUUUUGUUUUUUUUUUCGUUUUAUUUCCUGAGUUAAUUUUGACAAGUUGAAGGUUAGGGGUGAAUCACUGCUGUUUUGACAAUACUGACACCGAUUCUGGGACCAACAGUAACGACUGCAAAAAACUGAAAUGGGUGUCCAAAAUAUUUCUAAUUUAUGGAAAUAUAUGAAAAUGCUAACUGCUUCAUCUUUUGACAAAUAUUUGCACUGCAAUUUAAUACAAACCUUCAAUAAACUUGAUUUUUCUAGGUAUUAAAAAAAUACAAUACAUGUUAUGAAAAAUGUACAUACAAAAUAUAUGUGAAUAUAAAUACAAAAUUACAAAAAUGUAUUUGGAAAAAAACAUGAACCCCAUUUCCUAAAUAAUUAGUAUGUUGUUUGUAACGGUUUUUAAUUAUUUUUUUAACAAAUUUCAAAUCAUAAUAAUAGAUAUAGAUCAUUAAAAUAUUACAUUUUUUAAUUAUUUUCUAUAAGGGGGAUGCAGAUACAUUAUCAUACAGUGUACCAUCGUCUCUGAACAUGCUGAUGAAGGUCCAUCAAUGUACUUGAUCUGUUCGUUAAUGUCCUUCAUAGACAAUUUCCAUUUCCUAAAUCUUUUAUCACCACCAAACUGCAGAUGUAAAAUUGGAGAAAAGAACAUGUUGAACAGAAGCUCUUGUCAGCACUUCAUGGCUCUUGUGGCUCAAUGAGGUUUUGAUGACUUAGCACUUCCUUGG